AGCGUGGCGCACACGGGUCCCGCCCUCUAUGGGCGGGACCGCAGUGGGAGACGGCCUUUGGAGGGCGUGGCUUGUGAUGGACAGUCGGCGCUCCCGCCUCGGUCCCCUCCCCCACUGAAACCCCUGCACGGGCUCCCCCGCCCCCAGCCCAGAGCCCGCGGCCGGUUGAAGACCAAAUGGGAGGCCAUAGCGCGCCGUGGAUCGAUCUUCCAGGUGACCUUUGGGCUCUGGGCUGGAUCGGAGAAGAGAUCGGUGUCUGCGGGCCAAGAUGCCUGAGCUGGAGCGACAGGUCGCAGGCAGAGAAGGAGGCGGUCGGAAAAUUUUAUCUAAACUGUCUUUGCCUACUCGUGCCUGGGAAGCAGCGAUGAAGCAGAGUUUUGCCUUUGACAAUGUUGGCUAUGAAGGUGGUCUGGAUAGCAUGUGCCCUUCUCCAACGACCACUGGCACAGUCAGUAUAUUGGGCAUGACUUGCCAGUCGUGUGUGAAGUCCAUUGAAGGCAGGAUUUCCAGUUUGAAAGGCAUUGUGAGCAUUAAGAUUUCCCUGGAACAAGCAAGUGCAACUGUGAAGUAUGUGCCAUCAGUCAUGAGCUUGCAACAGGUUUGUCAUCACAUCGGGGACAUGGGCUAUGAGGCCAGCGUCACAGAAGGAAAGGCUGCCUCCUGGCCGUCCAGGUCCUUGCCUGCCCAGGAGGCUGUGAUCAAGCUGCGGGUGGAGGGCAUGACCUGCCAGUCCUGCGUCAGCUCCAUUGAAGGCAAGAUUGGGAAACUGCAAGGUGUGGUAAGAGUCAGAGUCUCACUUGGCAACCAGGAGGCAGUCAUCACUUAUCAGCCUUACCUUAUUCAACCUGAAGACCUCAGGGACCAUGUGAAUGACAUGGGGUUUGAAGCUACCAUCAAGAACAAAAUGGCUCCCUUAAGCUUGGGACCAAUUGAUAUUGAGCGGUUACAAAACACUAACCUAAAGAGACCUUCAGUUUCUACUAACCAGAAUUUCAAUAAUUCUGAGACCUCGGGGCACCCAGGAAGCCAAGUGGCCACCCUGCAACUGAGAGUAGAUGGGAUGCACUGUAAGUCUUGUGUCUUGAAUAUUGAAGAAAAUAUAGGCCAACUUCCAGGGGUUCAAAAUAUUCAAGUGUUCCUGGAGAACAGAACUGCGCAAGUACAGUAUGACCCUUCUCAUGUCACCCCAGAGUCUCUGCAGAAGGCCAUUGAAGCACUUCCACCUGGGAACUUCAAAGUUUCUCUUCCAGAUGGAGCAGAAGAGAGAGGGACAGAGAACAGGUCUUCCAAUGGUCACUCUCCUGGCUCCCCCCAAAGAGGCCAGGUACAGGGUACAUGCAGUACUUUAGUGCUCACCAUUGUUGGCAUGACCUGUGCGUCCUGUGUCCAGUCCAUCGAAGGCGUGAUCUCCCAACGGGAAGGGGUGCAGCAAAUAUCAGUUUCUUUGGCUGAAGGGACUGGAACAGUUCUUUAUGAUCCCUCUGUAAUAAGCCCAGAAGAGCUGAGAGCUGCUGUGGAAGACAUGGGAUUUGAGGCUUCAGUCAUUCCUGAAAAUGGUUCAGCCAGCCAUACUGGAAACCAUGGUGCUGAGAAUUCCAUGGCGCGGACUAAAAGUGGUGCACCCGUGUCGGUGCCAGAAAUGGUUCCCCACAUUGGGGAGCUCCCUAAAAACCACCACCCUGGCCGCUCAUCAAAGUCCCCGCAAUCCACAGGAACGGUAGUACCACAGAAGUGCUUUUUACAGAUCAGAGGCAUGACGUGUGCAUCCUGUGUGUCUAACAUCGAAAGAAAUCUUCAGAAAGAAGCUGGUAUUCUCUCUGUGCUGGUUGCCUUGAUGGCAGGAAAGGCUGAGAUCAAGUAUAACCCGGAGGUCAUCCAGCCACCCGAGAUAGCUCAGCUCAUCCAGGACCUAGGCUUUGAGGCCACAGUCAUGGAGGACGCCACAGGCUCAGACGGCGACAUCGAGUUGAUUAUCACAGGGAUGACCUGUGCUUCCUGUGUUCACAACAUAGAGUCUAAUCUCACAAGGACGAAUGGCAUCACCUACGCCUCUGUGGCUCUUGCCACCAGCAAAGCGCACGUGAAGUUUGAUCCUGAAAUUAUUGGUCCCCGGGAUAUUGUGAAAAUUAUUGAGGAAAUUGGCUUUCAUGCUUCCUUGGCCCAGAGAAACCCCAAUGCUCACCACUUGGACCACAAGGUGGAAAUAAAGCAGUGGAAGAAGUCUUUCCUGUGCAGCCUGGUGUUUGGCAUCCCUGUUAUGGGAUUAAUGAUCUAUAUGUUAAUACCCAGCAAUCAGCCCCACGAGUCUAUGAUCCUGGACCACAACAUCAUCCCAGGACUGUCCAUUCUGAAUCUCAUCUUCUUUAUCUUGUGUACAUUUGUCCAGUUCCUCGGUGGGUGGUAUUUCUAUGUUCAGGCCUAUAAGUCUCUGAGACACAGGUCGGCCAACAUGGACGUGCUCAUCGUACUGGCCACCAGCAUCGCCUACGUCUACUCCCUCAUCAUCCUGGUGGUUGCAGUUGUGGAGCAGGCCGAGAGGAGCCCUGUGACAUUCUUCGACACGCCGCCCAUGCUGUUUGUGUUCAUUUCCCUGGGGCGGUGGCUGGAACACGUGGCAAAGAGCAAAACCUCAGAGGCCCUUGCCAAACUCAUGUCUCUCCAAGCCACAGAGGCCACCGUUGUAACCCUUGGUGAGGACAACUUAAUCAUCAGAGAGGAGCAAGUACCCAUGGAGCUGGUGCAGCGGGGUGAUAUCAUCAAGGUUGUCCCCGGGGGCAAGUUCCCUGUGGAUGGGAAAGUGCUGGAAGGCAAUACCAUGGCUGACGAGUCCCUCAUCACAGGAGAAGCCAUGCCCGUCACUAAGAAACCUGGAAGCAUCGUGAUUGCUGGGUCUAUAAACGCACAUGGCUCUGUACUCAUUACAGCCACCCAUGUGGGCAACGAUACUACUUUAGCUCAGAUUGUGAGAUUGGUAGAAGAGGCUCAGAUGUCAAAGGCACCCAUUCAGCAACUGGCUGACCGGUUCAGUGGGUAUUUUGUCCCUUUUAUCAUCAUCAUUUCAACUUUGACGUUGGUGGUAUGGAUCAUAAUCGGUUUUAUCGAUUUUGGUGUUGUUCAGAAAUACUUUCCUAACCCCAACAAGCAUAUCUCCCAGACAGAGAUCAUCCUCCGGUUUGCGUUCCAGACAUCCAUCACAGUGCUGUGCAUCGCCUGCCCCUGUUCCCUGGGGCUGGCCACACCCACAGCAGUCAUGGUGGGCACUGGGGUGGCUGCCCAGCAUGGCGUGCUCAUCAAGGGAGGCAAGCCUCUGGAGAUGGCCCACAAGAUAAAGACUGUGAUGUUUGACAAAACUGGCACCAUUACCCAUGGGGUCCCCAAAGUCCUGCGGGUCCUGCUGCUUGUUGACAUGGCCACACUACCCCUCAGGAAGGUUCUGGCUGUGGUGGGGACUGCGGAGGCCAGCAGCGAGCACCCGUUGGGUAUAGCAGUCACCAAAUACUGUAAAGAGGAGCUUGGAACAGAGACCUUGGGAUACUGCACAGACUUCCAGGCCGUGCCAGGCUGUGGAAUCGGCUGCAAAGUUAGCAGUGUGGAAGGCCUUCUGGCCCACAGCGAUCGCUUGCUUAGUGAACAAUCCGGACACGUGAACAGGCUGGGCUCCCUUCCUACAGAAAAAGAUGCUGCCUCCCAGACCUUCUGUGUGCUGAUUGGAAACCGCGAGUGGAUGAGGCGCAAUGGCUUAACCAUUUCCAGUGACAUCAGUGACGCCAUGACAGACCAUGAGAUGAAGGGACAGACGGCCAUCCUGGUGGCUAUUGAUGGUGUGCUAUGCGGCAUGAUCGCCAUCGCAGACUCUGUCAAGCCCGAGGCCGCCCUGGCCGUGCACACACUGAAAAACAUGGGUGUGGAUGUGGUUCUGAUCACGGGAGACAACCGGAAGACAGCCAGAGCCAUUGCCACGCAGGUUGGCAUCAACAAGGUCUUCGCGGAGGUGCUGCCUUCUCACAAGGUGGCCAAGGUCCAGGAGCUCCAGAACGAGGGGAAGAAGGUCGCCAUGGUGGGAGACGGGGUCAACGACUCCCCGGCCUUGGCCCAGGCCGAUGUGGGCAUUGCCAUCGGGACCGGCACUGAUGUCGCCAUCGAGGCUGCCGACGUCGUCCUCAUCAGAAAUGACUUGCUGGACGUGGUGGCCAGCAUUCACCUUUCCAAGAGGACUGUCCGGAGGAUACGAGUCAAUCUGGUCCUGGCGCUGAUCUACAACCUGGUCGGGAUACCCAUCGCGGCAGGUGUCUUCAUGCCCAUCGGCAUCGUGCUGCAGCCGUGGAUGGGCUCAGCAGCCAUGGCAGCCUCGUCAGUGUCCGUGGUGCUGUCUUCUCUGCAGCUCAAGUGCUACAAGAAGCCCGACGUGGAGAGGUACGAGGCCCAGGCCCAUGGGCGCAUGAAGCCCCUCACUGCGUCCCAGGUCAGUGUGCACGUCGGCAUGGAUGACCGGCGACGCGGCGACUCCCCCAGGGCCACAUCGUGGGACCAGGUCAGCUACGUCAGCCAGGUGUCUCUGUCCUCGUUGACAUCUGACAGGCUGUCUCGGCACAGCCCUGCAGCGGACGAUGCUGGGGACAAGUGGUCGCUGCUCCUGAAUGACCAGGACGAGGAGCAGUACAUCUGACGACCCUGGAUGGGGAAGGUGCAGCACAGGGUUCCAGCUCCCUUUGGGCCUGGGCUUCUCUCACAGGGGCUCUGUCCGCUCCCUGUGGUUGAACUGAACAGGGAACAUCAGGCUAGGCAAAGCUUGCCAAUAGCCACAGGACUGCACUCUGGACGGUUUCUCUGGUUACCCCACCUUGCAGCACCUGGCCUUGCGCAGGCGUGGCUGCCGUCAGCCUAGAUAGGACUGCCCAGCUUGGGUCCUGCUGAUGCGGUCCUGCUAACAUGGGCUUCGUCAGGAGCCUUGCCUGGACUCGAGACGGAGCAAAGCCCGCCCUCCUUACAGAUGUUGCUGCUAAUUUGGGGGUUGGGGGGGUGGGGAGAGCGACUGCUUGUGAGAUGAGAAACAGGCUCAUCAGGACCAAAAACCCCCUGGGCCUCCCCAGAGAGCUCCCAUAAACAUGCUCCUGGGCUCUUUCUGACAACACUGUUAGGCCUUGGUGUCUGAGACCACAGCUUACCUCAAGGGCUCCUGCUGUUUCCUGUGGCUCAGUCUGCCUUUCGUGUCUUGUGCGCUUGAUGCUGGGAUGCACACCCCAACCCCCACCUCAGCCGUCAUCUCUGAGGACAGGACCAUGGCUUCACAGUCCCUGCGGCCACAGUUCUGCCAAUGUCAUCUUGUGUGCUUCCCACCGGAAUCUGCCCCCUUGUGCGUACUCAUGUUCUCACUCCCCCCCCCCCCCCCCCCACUGUUCUGGCCGGAGAGUUUGCCACAUGGCUUUGCAAGUGGAGGAGAGUUCUGUCUUGCUUAUGAGCCUCUUCUCUGUUGUGCUAUGGCAUCUCUUCCCAUAGAGCAGAGUCCUGUUGCUGACCUCCGGAGUGAGGGCUCACAACCUGACCCGAGGGCCCAAACCCAGCUUCCUGAGGGGUCCAAGGUCCUCAUGUGUCCCCACCCAGCUUGUGGUGCUUUGAAACGGAACCUCCCACGGGGCCCUAGGAGCUUUGCUUGCACGUUCUUCAUGUGACUGGCAGUUUAUGUCGCUGGGGUACCUGGCAUUGUACUGCUGGAAGGCUCUGUUCUCGUGAGCUUGUCUCCUGCACGCUGAGUGGGCACCUUAGGAAAGGGGUGGUCACAACUUCCUGCCUGCCUGCGGUUCUUGGUGAGUGUGUGACAGUAGAGGGACAGAAGUAGGUUCAGUUUUAGCCUCUGCAGUUGGUGCUGAUUGACCACAUGGGAGCAGACUACUAGGCUCUGAAUUCCAAGGUGAAGCCCUUCUGUCCCACACAAGAUGAUUCCAGUUAUUCGUUAAGGGCAGUGUUAGCACUUUCAGGUGGUACCGCUGAUCCUCCCAACAAACCAGCCGCUGUCCACAUAUCCCAGGCAAGAAAGCAGACUCAGAGAGGCUACAUAUCUUGCUCAGGACCACACCGCCAAUAUCUGAGCACGUGCAUCUGUGAGCCCUGAGGGCUUUGCUUAGUUCUGCUGCUACCUGACUCUCAAUCUGCUUGAUAAGAGUAAGUGAGAAAAAGGUUCUUGGUCCUGGAAGAACAGAUGUGGCAGGUGACAUACAAGUGUUCGUUGUGUCAACUUAGCGUGCAGUGGCUCACAGGCCGUCGCACUUUCAUCUUGCAUGUGAUACAGUUUUAGUUGGGUUUUAUCGUCUAAAAUCCUAGUGCAGGGUAUUUGUUGGGUUUUUAUUGUUUUCAGUCCUCCACUUCUGCCGCCCCUUCCCCCUCUCUGUCCCUAGUCAUGUCCUCACUUCAUUCUUGCUCGGGGAAUAUUUGUUUUCUAACUAGGCUAAUCAUCGUCUGAAUACUAAUUGUAUUGAUUUUUAAAACGUUUAGGACCAUAGGCUUCAUAUUCAUAUAUAGAUGUGAAAAUAUUUAUAUGAUUGUACAGAAAAUAACCUUUUAUAGAUGUUCAAAGUAUAAGGUAUUUUUUUUGUUAUAGCAAUUUCUACUUCAGAAACUUUCCAUACAAUGUUAGAAUAAAGUUUAUUUUUCUUCCUGUAAAAA